AUGACCUUUUCUCAGAAGCUACAAAGUGUCUCAGUCAGCUUGGAGGUAUCUCUGGAGAUUCUCCCCCCCUACAAAGACCCGGUUCAGCUUCCACAGGCCCCCAGUCUUGAUGGAGACACAUUAUCAGUGAUCGAGAACCCGACGGCCGUCAGUCAUCCUUUUCACCUGGAGAAAACCGCAGGAGUCGCAGGGACCAAAAGAGUGCAGGGCUGGUUAAAAGGGAUUCAUUCUACGACUCACGCUCACAGGCUGGUGAGGCUGCUGGCAGCGCUGUGUGCAGUUGGGCUCCUGGGAGGUUUAGCUGUAGGUGUCUGGUUUCUAGUCAAACUCCUGCUGAGGCCUUCCUCCUCCCAAAGUGCAGUGGGACUCGGGGACACAAAGGAGACGACUUUCUGCAACGUGACAGAGGACAUUUCCAUCUCCGACCCCAGGAAAGUGUUUUACAGAAUCAGCCCGGAGAACUCCCUCCUGGAGAUCCAGCUGGGGAAGCUGCCCACCUGGCUGCCCGUGUGUUACGAGCGGUGGAACUCUUCGCUGGGAACGCUGGUCUGCAGACAGCUGGGUUAUCUGAGACUGACCAAGCAUAAAGGAGUGAACCUGACAGACAUCGGGCCAAACUAUACGGAUGGCUUUAUACAAAUUACCUCGGAGCACAAGAGCAGCCUGGAGAAUAUGUGGCAAUUCAGGGGGAGCUGUGUCACAGGGAAGGUUAUCGCCUUGCAAUGUUUUGAGUGCGGGACACGAGCAAAGCUGCCCAGGAUAAUUGGGGGAGUCGAGGCAACGCUGGGCAGGUGGCCGUGGCAGGUCAGCCUCUACAACAGCAACCGUCACACCUGUGGAGGCUCUAUCAUCACCAGUCAAUGGGUAGUCACAGCCGCCCAUUGUGUGCACAACUACAGGCUGCCUCAGGUCUCCAGCUGGGUGGUGUAUGCCGGCAUUGUCACGCGCAGCUCGGCUAAAAUGCCCCAGCACACAGGAUACGCCGUGGAGAAGAUCAUCUACAACAAGAACUACAACCACAGGAGCCACGACAGUGACAUAGCUCUGAUGAAACUGCGGACGCCGCUGAAUUUCUCAGAUACAAUCCGGCCGGUCUGCUUGCCUCAGUACGACUAUGAUCUUCCAGGAGGUACGCAGUGCUGGAUUUCCGGAUGGGGAUACACACAACCUGACGGAGUUCACUCACCCGACACCCUAAAAGAGGCACCCGUUCCGAUAAUUAGCACAAAGAAGUGUAACAGCUCCUGCAUGUACAAUGGAGAGAUCACGUCACGGAUGCUGUGUGCCGGAUACACAGAGGGAAAAGUGGAUGCAUGUCAGGGGGACAGCGGGGGCCCCUUGGUUUGCCAGGAUGGAAAUGUGUGGAGGCUGGUAGGGGUCGUCAGCUGGGGGACAGGAUGUGCUGAGCCCAACCAUCCGGGAGUUUACACCAAAGUGGCGGAAUUCUUGGGAUGGAUCUACAACAUGAUUGAGAACACUAAGGUGAUGUCUUGA